GCAAAUAGCUCAUCCGAAACAUUAGGCGGGGGUUUGAACUUACUGAAACCAUCGAGAGGAAAAGGGAGACCUAUGGAGCGGAUGUCACUCCAGAGAUCAUAGAGUCUUCGGGCUUCUAUCCUUUCUCGAUGAUGUUACCGACGAUGUCAUCUAACCGGACUGCAAGGCUAAGCCUCGCCUCCCUAAAUGGCCAUCAGCGAUUGGCCAGGCCUAUUGCCGGCGCUCCGCAGGAUUGGUUGCUGAGGGAAACCGACGAAGGGAAUCGAGGGAUUGCUGGCCGGCGGGGACCCAGCGGCUCCGGGAGAGUCCGAGCCAAGGAAUAAGCCCUGGAGCGGUCUGACGAGCGGGUUAAAAGAAUAUUUUUAAAAUGUCAACUGUGAAGCUUUUGUCAUGAACUGCAAUUCCCAGGCUGACUAUGGACCUUCUACCUUCUAGGAAGCUGAGGUUGUCAAAUUACAAAUUACUGAAGGAUUUACUUUAUUCUAGAUGAUCUGCUGGAUUAAACAUCUAUUUAGAGUGAUAUUUAUGCAAGUUGGGUUAAUUAUGGAAUCAUUGCUUUGGUCAAAUAAAACUUAUGGCCCAAACAGAAGUAUUGUAAGAAAAAUUGGCUCCAACCUUUCUCUGAUACAGUGUCCAAGGGUUCAGUUUCAGCUUACUUCUCAGCCUGCAGAAAGCACUCAAUCUUACCAACUAAAAGAAGAUGCAGUAGUCUCCCUUGUAGAUGUAGGGUGGGUUGCUGAAGAAGAUAAUGAAGGAGACAAAGUCUAUACACGGUUCCGAUCAGAAGGCUGGUCAAAAUCCCAACCAUUUCUUAAAAGUGAAGGCUCUUCAGGAAGAGAUUCAAGUACUAAAGAAUUGUUGCCCAAGAAAUCACAAGAAAUGGAAGAUUCCAAAACUGCAGUAGCCAAAAAUGACGAAGCAUUGCAGAAAAUAAAUAUAUUGGAAAAUGAGCUUGCUAAUUUAAGAGCACAAAUAGCCAAAAUUGUGAGCCUACAAGAACAAAAUUUGGCAGCAGCUGGAAUAGGUUCUUCUGCAUCCCUUUCUGACUUACCGUCACCACCACCGCCACCGCCUCCACCCCUACCACCACCGCCACCACUACUUCAGCAGAGUGUUUCUGCCAUUGACCUUAUUAAAGAGCGCAAAGGCAAAAGAAUAAAUUCUGGCACAACUCUGAUAGAUGGUGAUCCAAAGAAGCUUGAAAUGCCAAACAUGCUAGAUAUUCUGAAAGACAUGAACAAUGUAAAGCUGCGCUCAGUGAAAAGGCCGGAGGAAAGCACUAUAAGGAAAACUGCUGAUCCAACAGAUCCUGCUGCAGUAAUAGCUGAAGCUCUUAAAAAGAAAUUUGCAUAUCGAUACCGUAGUGACAGUUCAAGUGAAAGUGAUAAACAGAUUUCAACUUCUGAAACAAAUCUGUUUGGCCCACACCUGCUGAAACCUACAGGAAAAAUGAAGAAUCUAAUUGAAAAUUGUUAAAAAGAAAAAUCAUGCUUCAGUAUAAAAGGACUGUCUCAACAGUUUUGAAAAUUAGAUUUAUAAUUUUACAAUACUGAGUUAUGUGCCUUGCUUCCAUGAACAAGUUUAUAAAUGAAAAAAUUACCAUGUUCUAGCACAGGUUUUAGUAUUUAUGUACAUGCUGCAUUUGGCUAACACUAAGUUAUAAAUGUUACUCUUAAACAUGUGAAUGCAAUUAUAGUUUAAAUUAUAACUCUGAUGUAAUAAUUGGAAUAUAAUAGCAGGACAUAUUUUGCCUGUAUUGACAUCUCAUUUUGAACUUGAAGUAGACUUCACUGGAGCCUCUUUUCUUUCUAUAGGGUGAAGGUAACAAGACUUAAGAAUUUUAUUAUUCAGCAAAAUUGGUAAAUUUAAAGCAAAUGCUGCAUUGGAGGUAUAUUUAUAUAGAAGAAACUAGCCAAAGCUUGAUCUUGUUUUUAGAUAGGAUGAAACACUAUAAUUGCACAUUCAUUCUAUGCACAUAUAAUGAGCAUAUCAACAGCUACUAAUGAAACUUAAUAGUUAGCAUUGUUGACCUCCUUCAUAGACCUUCAGACCUGCUUAUUCAUAAGCUCUUGUUGAACUGAAUUGCAGAUAGUAACUGUCAAAUAAGUUAGAAAAUAAUUUGAAAUUGGAAAAAACAAAAACAUUGAAGACCAGCUUUCCUGCUGAGUAAAAUAUUUUACUUCUUGAACAGAAUAUUUUGUCAUUAUUUUGUCAUCUUGUGCAGUAUUUGCAAACUGCUGAAUGAUUCAGUGUGACAAGGAAAUGUGCUUUAUCUACGAAUGAGACUGAGCAAAUUUAAGCUAAAUGUCAUGAAAUGCUUGAAAGCUUUCAUUUUGAAAUUUGUUCAAAUAUGAAAAUGUUUUUAAUUUGAUCAGGUAAAAUUGCUCCCAGAUACUUUAACGUUUAUUAUCAUAUAGUUGCAUCAGUAUUUUUAAACUUUUCCAACACUGUUCAAAAUUUUAAAAACAGUAUAAUAUAUAUUACAUUAGUCUGGCCAUUUUUUGAUGCUUGAACGAAGAAUAUUGCACAACGGGGUCCAAGAACAUCUAAAGCAAAUAAAAUUUUGAACAAGAUUCAUGCAUUAAAAGGAUUGGAUAUAUUUAAAGAUAGAACCUGUAUCUGAUGAAUUCUAAAUCAGGUUUGCUUUAGUCUGGAAAAAAUAGUUUUAAAAAUAGGGGAUACGGAAAGUAUUUUAACCUUGGAACAGCUGCUUCAAAUGUUCCAACAGCUCAAAAUGCCAAAUUGUGGCUGAUUCAUUAUUUGCAAAUUAACAAUUGGUCUUACCU